CUUCAACACGUUCACGAAAGGCAGCACAAUCGGAACAAACAGUCACGAGCCCAUUGUACCCACGCCCUCACUCUCACUUUCAAGAUGGCAGCACCACAGGUCGAGCCACAAGUGGCCCGGGAGAUUCCUUCGGAGCAGGAGAACUCCGUGCAGGCUAUCGAGAAGAAGUUCGAGGAUCUCGAGGUGGAGCUGAUCCGCGACUCUACCAAGCGCCACGACCCCAUCUACAAGGAGCGGGCAGAGAUUGUGAAGAAGCUGCCGGACUUUUGGGCGCAGACUUUCCUCAACUCAGGCACCGUGGCGAUCUACUUUGACACCGAGGAUGCCGAGGUAUUCAAAUACCUCACCGACUUUUCCAUCGAGCGCACGGGCGCCAACGGGGACCCGCGGCCGAACAAGUUUCACUUUACGUUUGGGGAGAACCCGUACUUUUCGGACAAGGUGCUGACGAAGGAGUUUGUGUUGGCGGAGAAUGCGCCUGCGCUGUCUGCCAACUUCGACGCGUCGGAGGAGCUCAAGGCGCUCAAGACGUCGAUCGCGUGGAAGGAUGACGAGCACAACCUGGCGGCCAAGAACCCGCAAAAGGGGGGACGCGAUGAUGACGACUUUGAGCCAGGCAGCUUCUUCAGCUGCUUCUUUGAGAGCGAACAGGCGGAGGUCAGCGCGCCGAUUGGGCACGGCAUCCUCGAGGACCUGUGGCCGAACGCGGUCGCGAUCUACACGCUCGAGCACGACGAGUCGGGGCUCGACGGCAUGAUUGACUUUGAAGACAGCGACGAUGAAGGCGAUGAGGACGACGAGGACGACGAGGACCCCAAUGCGGAGAUCGACCUGGAGGAUGACGAGCCGCCGAAGAAGAAGAGCAAGAACUAGCAAGCCGGGAGAGCCAUCUCGGGGGCAAAGGACAGGGAAGGGCCGACGAGGGGGCGGUGUGCCAUGCCCGCCUGCCAAAAGGAACAAGAGAAGCAAGCAAGGGUGGUGGCAGAGAUAUCCACGUUUUUCUUUCUUGCCUGCUUUCCUGUUUUUCCCUUUUUUCGGUGUGCUGCAAAACAAAAGCCAAUGCAAUAGCCGUGUCGUUUCCACAUGUUCAUCCGUUUCACUUGCUGGCGGGUUGCCGGGGCUGCAUCCCCCUGUUCCACUGGGCCGACAGGAUGCUGCUGACGUAUGUACAUAUGUAAUACUGUAACGCGCCUAGCCUAG